UUAUAUUCUUUGGUAAGAAAUGGUAAGAAAUAAUAUAAAUUGUGAGGUUAAAACUUUAAUUUUUUUUUAAAUCUCAAUCUCAUAAUUCUGACUUCUGUUUCAUUCUCAAAUAAAAAAGUGGCAUUCAUCAAUAAAUAAAAUACAUAUAUAACUGGUCUACAAAAUGCCUAGCUAUGAAAUUGCUAUGAUGAUAAGAACUAUGCCAAAAGCCGAACUAAAGAACACCCUUAUGAGAGUAUCAAAUUGUAUUUUCGACCGAGGCGGUAUAAUCCGAAAAAUCGAGAAUCUUGGAUUUCGACCUAUGCCAUACAAGACUAGUGCACAUGGAAUUGUCCACCGAGAGGCUAAUUAUUUUGUUUUGAAAGUUGAUACAGGUACAAAUGUAGUUAGUGAUCUGAAGGAAGAAUACAGUAGAGAUGUUGAUGUUAUUAGACAGCGCGUAUAUAAAGUAAACCAAGAAAGCACAGAUCAUUGUUCAUUAGAGGAAGAGCUUCUGCCACCAGCAUAUCGAAAAGAAGUACAAAAAAUGAUAGAAGUGGGCAAAACUCAAGUAAAUCGCUUUACCUUUAAAUUCAAGUAUAACUCCGGCUUAGAUUACUAUCCUUUCCAGAGAUAGUUCCCAUUUCUGAGAUUUAAAAUGUAACAUAGAAUCGAAUAGAAUUAAAAAAUCAAUUACAAAACCCUUCAUUAACAACUUAAUAUGCUGACAAUCAAUAACAAUAAAACUUUAAGUAGACCUCUUCUUAAGCUCAUUGAAAUGAGAAUAAUAUUAUUAGAAUUGAACAUUUAUUUUCACUCUAUAUUUCAAUUAUAUAAAUUAUAAUGUUUUACUGGAUUUCCUCAAACCCAUUGAAGAGUGGUUGCAAUAUGUUGCCCUUUAGCACACUCGAAAAUGGAAUACGAAAAUGUUCACCAAAGUGUAGAAAUUCAAGUGUAAAUUUAAAUAAUUUUCUGAAUAAUAGCCUUUGUUUGUGGUGCCAUAUUGAAGGAAGAUACUGCCCAUUGUGCAUUACACACCCUGCACUAUAGAUAAGCCCCCUUAGUAACUAAUUAGCAGUAGUAAAUAAGAAAAAUAAAAUAUAUUGAUCUUUAAAUAUGAA